AUGCCAAGCGGAUCUGACAUCGAGAUCCAAGAGGACCACACUCACGACCACACGGUUUUCAAAGUCCGGUACCGGCAAAACUCUGUGUCUACCAUCGACUCUGUUUCAAGCCAGGGCUCGCUUCGUCUUCCCGUCAUCAAAGUUUUGGGAACGGGCGGAACCAUUGCCGCCAAGGGCUCCACCGCUUUCCAAACCGCGGGCUACCACGUCGAUCUCGCCAUUGAAGAUCUCAUUUCCGUGAUUCCCGACUUGUCCCACACAUGCGAAUUGCGCUUCGAGCAAGUGUUCAAUUUGGACUCCAAAGAGUUCACGGCAAAACAGCUUUUGGAGCUCCACGCCAAAGUGGAGGCCGAUUUGCAGCACCACGACGGCGUGGUGAUCACUCACGGCACAGACACUUGCGAAGAAACGGCGUUUUUCUUGGACUCCACCAUCGAAAGCGACAAACCUGUUGUCAUGUGUGGAAGCAUGCGGCCGCUGACGUCUGUGCUGGCCGACGGGCCUUCCAACUUGUACCAAGCAUGUGUUGUGGCUGCAAAUCCUCAGAGCCGCCACCGUGGUGUUUUGGUCACCUUGAAUGACAAAAUUGGCCUGGGCUACUACAUCUCGAAAACCGACGCCAAUCUGUUGGACACAUUCAAGCUGUUGGGCCACGGGUACUUGGGAAACUUUGUCAACGGCGAGGUACACUACUACUUCCCACCGCAGCGGCCCACGGGUCGCCGGCUUUUCCGUUUGGGCACGGCACCGGCUUUACCGGAGGUCAUUGUGUUUUACGCCCACCAAGACUUCAACCACGACUUGGUUAAGCUUGCUGUGGAAAACUUGGCUGUUGCCGGCAUUGUAAUGGCAACAAUGGGCGCCGGUUCUUUGCGUGACGAUACCAAUGCUAUGUUGGCUGAGCUUUCACAGAAACAUGAGAUCCCUGUGGUAUACUCCAAAAGAUCUAUGGACGGUAUGGUUCCAACCGGAGCAAUGCCAAAGGGGCGCUACUUGGUUGCGGGAGGCUAUUUGAACCCGCAAAAGGCCCGUCUCCUCUUGCAGUUAUGUUUGAAUGACAAAAUGGGCAUGCCGCAGAUCAGAAAAGUGUUUCGGGGCGUGUAUGGGGGUUGA